AUGACGAGCGCGCACAUGCGGCGCCACGGUGUGCUCGCGAUUGCCCUGGUGCGCUUUAAACGCACAGAGCCUUCGCCACAUCAAUCACGGCGCUCGGAGGCCGCGGAGGUCAACGAGCCGGUUUUACUGCUUCGAUCCAAGGAGGUCACAAGUGUUCACGCCUCCAAGUCGGACAUCAUCAAAUCAGGCAGCCCUAAAUCCACGCUAAAGCACAUAUGGACAGAAAGCAGCAAGGACCUGUCGAUCAGCCGAUUACUCUCGCAGACUCUUCACGGCAAAGAGAACAACACAGCCUUGGACCUCCGCUACGACACGCCUGAACCGUACUCCGAGCAGGACCUGUGGGAGUGGCUGCGGAACACCACGGACCUCCAGGACUCACGGCCGCGGGCCAAACGGCGGCCUAUGGUCAAGACGGGCAAGUUCAAGAAGAUGUUCGGCUGGGGAGACUUCCAUUCCAACAUCAAGACCGUCAAACUCAACCUACUCAUCACCGGGAAGAUCGUCGACCACGGCAACGGGACUUUCAGCGUGUACUUCCGACACAACUCCACGGGUCAAGGGAACGUCUCGGUGAGCCUAGUCCCGCCCACCAAGAUCGUGGAGUUCGACGUGGCUGCUCAACAAUCCGUGAUCGACGCCAAGGAUUCCAAGUCGUUCAACUGUCGCAUCGAGUACGAGAAGGUGGAGAAGGGAGCCAAGAACACGCUUUGCAACUUUGACCCGUCCAAGACAUGCUACCAGGAGCAGACGCAGAGUCACGUGUCCUGGCUCUGCUCGAAGCCUUUCAAAGUCAUCUGCAUCUUCAUUUCCUUCUAUAGCACUGACUACAAACUGGUUCAGAAGGUUUGCCCGGACUACAACUACCACAGCGACACGCCGUACUUCCCCUCCGGCUGA